AUGUCACGAGGGGCAUCGGCAACACGCGCAGGCCUGAAAGGCCACCUUACUAGGACGAUGGACAAAAUCAAGCAGUACAAAAACCUCUCCAUGACGGCAGAACUGGAUAACGACCUUGCAACGGAAACCGAACUCCUCAAGCAACGUUACCAGAAAUUCAUCAAGGCAAGCGACCAAGUUAGAUGGAACUUACAAUCCACUAACGCCACCGAGGAGCAAAUCGAACAAGAUUACUCCGCAGUGGCAGAAGUCGAAGAAGACAUGAGUGCUGUACUCGCUCUAGCCAAAAACAAACGCGAGGAGUACAAACGUCAACUGGACGCUGAGUUCCAAGACCAGCAAAGAAAAGACGAGCGAAAACGGGAAGAAGACAGAAGCAAAUUGCUUCCUGCAGAAUUGCAGAAAGAAUGGUCGAGUUCCGAUGCAAACGACAUCACCGACAUCACAGCCCUGCUGAAUUUCAUCAGGGAUCAAGUCGACGCUGCUGAAAGGUACAGCCGAUGGAAAUCGGAAACGGUUAAAACUCCACAGCAGACGACAACAACCACACCGGCGAAACAGCCACCAGCUGCUACAGCCUCUCAACUGGCGAUUGGAGCUAGAUCCCAACUAGCUCCACAAACCAGAAGAUAUUCAAAACAAAGCACACAGCCAUCAAAUACACCACCAGGACGACAAGACAACUUCAUCGUCCGACAAUGCACAAGACCGUGCAUUUUCUGUGGGGAAAUACACUACCCCACGGUUUGUCCAGUAAACCUCAAGGACAAAAAGGCCAUAAUCGCCAGGCAGAAAAGGUGCGUCAGAUGUUUCAGCCCUAAUCACGAAACUUCAAACUGCCCCACCAACUACUUAUGCAAACACUGCCAGGCGACACACCACACCGCCCUCUGUGACAAAAAGGUGACAAGAUUUGCACACACCGGAAACAAUGCCCCAACGAACGUCAUGGCAUCUGUCUCCAGUGCAAACACCUACGGCGAUCUCGUGGUGAAAACGGCAACAGUGAUGGUGGUAGGCCCCAAUGGUAAAGAAACCAGGGCAAUAUUAUUCAUUGAUGAUGGCAGCCAUAGAUCCUGGGUCACCAGAUCUAUUUCAAAAUCGCUGAAUUUGAAGAUAGUGGCCGUGGAAAAUAUCGGGACGAGAGUCUUCAAACAAAGGAAACCCAAUCCAGUAGAGCAAAUCAACGCAGUGGAAUUGGCGGUUCGGGGCACCUGGAAAGGAGCCCCACUCGUCAAAAUAACAGCCCUGGAAACGGACUACAUCGGAGACACUGGACCCUACUCCCACACGGCAUUCGCAAGACACCUGUGGUUGGAAGACGAAAAAAUGGCUGACGACAGGUUUGAAACCAACAGCCAAGAAAAAGAAGUCGGCAUUUUAAUCGGAGUCGACCAAAUGUUUAAGAUCAUU